AUGGCUCUAGUACAGACCGUCCCGGCCGUUCGAAGGCUACCGCUCGAACUUCUCAUCGAGAUCUUCCUCGCAACGAAAGCUUUACACGGACCCGAUCAUGCUAAGCUCGAUCCACCUCCAUGCGCAUACCUAUCGCACGUCUGUCGAACUUGGAGAGCCGCGGCCCUCAUGUGCCAGCAGCUGUGGUCGUCUGUACUCCGCCCGCAUUUAGAUUGGACUGAUCUCUGCCUCGAACGCUGCCACAGUCUACCAAUUGAAAUCGUAGUCAACCGAAAGAGCGAGAUCAUCGUCGAAGAUUAUUGCGUUUUCGACGCCCUCGACAGCGUCUACUCCCGCGUCCGCGCCGUCACAGUCGACUUCCGAGAGGACCGAACAGACCCGAUCGACAAGCACGGGUUCGUCAUGAACGAAGCUUUGGAACUGGUCGUGCCCCAGUGCCUAUCUUCGCCCGUGUUGGAAGACCUGCAGAUCCAUUUGUCGACCUUCGAGGACGACAGCUAUCGCGUGCUCAACGAAGAGCUCGUCACAAACAUGACCCUUGCCCCUCGAAGGAUGUCGCUUACGGUGUCCGGUUGCGGGCUGAACUCGCCGUUGCAGUCGCUAUCCCCCGUGCUUCAUACUCUCAUACUUGAAAACGUCGUUCCAUGGAACAACUGCGAACAGCUGGCCGAGACCUUAGGCUCUCUGACUUCAUUGAAAGUCUUCGAAUAUCGAUGGACGCAAGAUCAUUACGGCGACACCAUCGAGUAUGAGGGGUCUUGGGGUUCAACAUACGCCCGGUUGCCCCGACUGGAACGACUCGUCCUGAGCGGAUUCCUCGUAGAGGACGUUUCCAUCUUCAGCGCUCUGCAGCUGCCCCCAAAGGCAGUCAUCGUCUUCGCGCCCAAAACGAGCCAUGAAUGUCUACUGAAUCACAGUCCCCUGGAGGAAGCCCGGGAUGAUAUGCCGAUGCGCUUAGUACGUCUCAUGGCACUAACGCUCCUGCGCCACCUGGAUGUUGCACACAAUCAUGGAAUGGUCGUUGCAUGUACGACCAUUACUAGGCACGGCGUCGAACUCACUCUCGAAUAUAGCAACAGUCUUGAUAGACAAACUUCAUCUACAGCCGUCUCCGAGUCGGGCCUUCCGUCCAUCACGUUCGACAUCCCUCCCUUCAGGACCAGAGAGCAGCGCGAUGCGGCCCAUAUGGAGCUGAUAUUAUUUCUCCGUCGGUACAAGAUCAGCUCGAUAAGCUACGCCGGAAGUCUCUCUUCGACAUACAUCUCAAGAAACCUCAAGCACCGCGCGCACGAGCUGCAAGAAAUCACCCUACAUUCAGAGGAGGAUGUGGUCGAAUUCCGCGUCUGCGCGCAUUUCGUGCACUUUUCCGCGCUUCGGAUCUUGAACAUCGACUGCGGACUGAGUGCUCCGGCAGAGAUGCUGCAAGAUAUCUUCAAAGCGAUGCGCCUUGCGGAGGUCGCCAAGGGAGAAGAUCAGAGAAGAGCUCUCCCGUUUGUUCGGGAAAGCCUAAGAAAACAGACGCGAUCUGCACUUACGGAUCUACGAUCUGUUCGAUGA